CAUAUCUUCUCCGAUCACACCGUUUCCUCUCACAGUUACACAGCGGAAGACGCCACUUCCUCAAAACGACACAACACUGCCGUCGCAAACACCUCCGACUGCGCGACGCAGGUAAACACACACAUCUGCUCCGUCUGUGCCAUCAGGAUGGAGGCGUUCAGCUCGAAGGACAUGGCCAUGAAGGCCCAGAAGAAGAUCCUCAGUCACAUGGCCAGUAAGUCGGUGGCUCACAUGUUCAUCGAUGACAACAGCGGCGAGGUUCUGGACGAGCUGUACCGCGUCUCCAAGGAGCACUCGGGGAACCGCAACGAGGCCCAGAAGGUGGUGAAGAACAUGAUCAAGAUCGCCGUGAAGGUGGGGGUUCUGUUCCGACACGACAAGUUCAGCGCCGACGAGCUGAGUGUAGCCCAGGACUUCAGGAAAAAACUCCACCAUGGAGCCAUGACGGCCAUCAGCUUCCAGGAGGUGGAGUUCACCUUUGAUAAGAGCGUGAUGAUGGAGCUGCUGGCCGAGUGUCGUGAUCUACUGCUGAAGCUGGUGGAGAAGCACCUGACGCCCAAAUCUCUGGACCGCAUCAGACACGUGUUCAACCAUUACUCGGACCCGGAGCUGCUCACGCACCUGUACGACCCUCAGGGCACGCUGUGGCCCAACCUCAGCAAGAUCUGCAGCGGCCUGAACCGCAUGAUCGAGGAGGGCAAGCUCUGAACACAGGACUCAAAGACUGGACUUCUGUAGAGAGACUGAGCUCAGGGGAGGAGAGACGCUCCUGGAAGACUCCUCGAGUCUGACCUUGAGUAAAUAAACCUGAAGAACGCGUGCGGUUCGUUUACCACCCUAUAAAAAUCAGGAGAAAGAUUUAAAGAGACAGGACACCCAAAAAUCAACAUUCUGUCAUCCUCAGUUUAUCCAGCAGCUCGCCUCUCAGCUAAGAGGGAACGUUCUAAGAACGUUGUAGCGAGGUUCUCUUAGCGUUACGAACUCACGUUCGUCCAGUAACAUUGCUAGAACGUUUGCUCAACGGUUUCUUUUCUUUAAUAAAGUUCUCAAAACCAAAGCGUUAUUCGUGCAUCCGUUCAUCCACAUUUUUGAUGAAAGGUUUUUAAACAUUAUCAGUUUGAGGAGGUUCAGAGAACGAAACAUUCCCUAAUAUUUUGUUAACAUUCGUAAAACGCUGGCGGUUUGGGACGGUUCAGAAAGCGGUUACCUGCAGGGAAAAACCCAGCAAAAAUCUUCUUAGAACAAAUUUUUCCUAGCCAGCGAGAAAAAAAGAAAGAAAAUUUUUCAAAAUAUGAAAAUAAAUUAUGUUUGUUAAAACAGGACAGAGCAGAGAAAAAAGUUCUUAGCAAUGCAUGUUACUAAAUUUUAAUAUAUUUAUGGUAGGAGCAAAAUAUCUUCAUGAAACAUGAUCAUGAUCUUUACUUAAAAUCCCAACCAUUUUUGUCAUGAGAGAAAAAAUGAUAAUUUUAGAGUGUAUUGUUGUCUGUUUCUAUAAAUACAGCUGCUGCGCUCCAGACACUGAUGACAGAAAGUUUGUUUUUGGGUGAACGAUCUCUGUGGAAAAUUAUGUUUUGCAUAAAGAAAAUGAAUCCAUUUUAAUGUGAUCAGGUUUUUGACAUUAUUUUCACCCAUGAAUAUUAAUAAAACGUACGCAGCGCUGGAUUUUAUGUGCGGGUCUACAGUAUUCACCUGUAAAACAAUUCAUUACUGUUUUGAUCAAAAGCAGCAGUGUUAGAGUGGAGCAUCUGAAUGGAUUCAAGUUUAAUAAUAAAGAGUUGUUUAAACCUUU